UGGGAGCUCUCCGAGACGGUGAGGGACUGAGGAGAGAGUGCACGCGUCUACAGUGAAGAGCAAUGCCGCACAUCCCCGCCCGGCCUCCGCAGCUUGGCAGAAAGAGAAAACGGCACAUCCCGCUGAUGGAAUCUCAGCGAUUCAUUUUCCUGCUGGUAUUAUUUCUCCAUGACCUGCAGGCACUGAACUCUGUUUCCUCUGAUUCCUGCUCACCCCAAAACAGAGCCAACUGUAAGGAAUCUGAUGCUUGUCGGUCACACACAUGUCCUUAUGGCUCAGACUGUGUGGCCAAUCGCAGCGGGUAUGCCUGUCACUGCAAGAAAGGGUUUAAACUGUGCCUGGAGAUACAGAACUGUACAACUGGGCGUCCCUACUGCAAAGACGUUGAUGAGUGCAAAUUAAAGAAAAUGAAAUGUAACAAGAGAGAAAGCUGCUUAAAUACGAUCGGAAACUACUGCUGUCUGACCGGAGGAGGUCACUCCAAUUGUACAGAUUGUGAACAAUCCUGCUUUAUGAACCGGACAAGAAGUGAUAAAAAUUCCACAGAAUCUGACCAAGUGUGUAUUAGUGCGUGUGAAAUACAGACUCUCUACCUGAGGGUGUCCACAGUCGGAAGUCGACCGGCCCAGCUCAGGAACGUAUUCCAGCUGCUGGACAAGACGGAAAGCAUGAUGAUGUCUUUGGUUGAAGCUCCAUCAAAUCAACAUGAAGAGCAUCAGUCAAUGGAAGCAUUUGAAAUUGGAAUAAAGCGACAAGCAAAUGCCUCUGACCCAUUGAUGAUAUCGGUACUGGGACACACCGUUGAUAUUGACCCAGCCAUUCUGAAGGAAGUGACCCCUGGAAGGGUGCCUACUGCUGGUCUGAUUGUCCACAAGGACCUGAAUGCAUUUCUGGACAACAACAAUGGGACUGGUCCUGGAUCGAAGCUGAGCUCCAUGGUGGUAACCAUGGUGAUUGGCAACAGGAAGAACAGUUCCCUCAUCCAGCCCCUGAUCUUCACCUUCCCCCACAAUGAGGAAAACAAGGAUGAUUUUAUAAUAACCUGUGUCUACUGGGAUCCCACUUCAUCAUCAGAAAACUUCUGGUCUCCUGAGGGCUGUGAGCUGGUGGAAUACAACAGCACACAUACCAUCUGCAAAGCCCAUCAUCUAUCUAGCUUUGCCGUGCUAAUGGCUCUAAAGGAUCUUCCUGAGGUUUUCGAGGUGGAACUGAUCACGUACAUCGGGUUAAGCAGCUCACUACUGUGUCUGUUUCUGGCAAUCAUUACAUUUUAUACCUGCCAACCCCUGAAGGACACACGGUGCACCAUCCACCGGCACCUCUGCCUCUCCUUGUUCAUGGCUGACUUCAUCUUCCUUGUGGGAAUUUCACAAACAAGCAACAAGACCGUGUGUGGACUUGUUGCUGUAGUGCUCCACUACCUCUUCUUGGCCGUAUUUGUCUGGAUGCUCUUGGAAGGUGUUCAGCUCUACCUGCUGGUGGAAGUAGUCUUUCAGACCAAGAUUCCCCUGGCGAGAUACAUCCACUGGGCCGGCUAUGGACUUCCAUUUAUGAUCGUGGCCAUUUCUGCAGCGGUCAACCGCAGAGGAUACGGCACCCCAACAGCGUGCUGGCUCUCACCAAAGCAUUACUUCACCUGUAGCUUCUUUGUGCCCGCCAUCUUUAUCUGCAUCGUUAACUUUUACAUCCUUUUCAAAACGUUGAUGAAGUUAUCACACGUGUUCGCUGACCAGAAGGAUCUGAACAAGAACAGAGUGUUUACGCUGACUGCAGUUGGUCAGCUGGUGAUCCUGGGCUGUACCUGGAUAUCUGGAGGGUUUUUCAUCCAGAAUGCAACUGUUCCAAUGAUGUACAUCUUCACCAUCUUAAACAGUUUCCAGGGGAUGUUCAUCUACAUCAUGCACUGCCUGAUGCGCAAGAAGGUGAGGGACUUCUAUCAGAGUAAAUUCAAAAAGUGCUUCAGUAGGCCGUUUGUAUGGUCUCCAGUCUCCACCACCUCCUCCAGUUCAAAUCAGGUGCGAAGAAGUGUCCAGGAGACAGAAUUAACUUCAGGAGCCAUACAAUGAGCAGUGAAGGAUACCUCAGCAGGUGUGAGGAAAACCAGCCGCCAACUGCUCUCUCAUCCUCACUGUGCUCUGAUUUCCUGCUUCUGGGUUUCCUGACUCGUGACUGCUCAAGUCGAACAGGGUUGUUUCAUGCUGUUGCUACAUAGCACCUCUAAGUUUCAGACAUGGGCAACUCCCAGGAAGAACUAAGAUCUGUCCCCUCAAAGUGAAUUCACCCCAAGUGACCCAGCUAGCAGUUAUCGCUCACACCAUGCCAAGUUAUUCACCUGCUGUUUGUGAGAGUUUGCUGUGUAUAGGUUCUUGCCACAUAUUCAGCACUGCAGUAUUGACCAGACUUCAGACGUAUGUCACCAGACACAUUUCCCAAUGCUCAGGCCCAUGAAGGAAAUUACAGUGUGCAUCAUUUUGCUCUGAACAUGGUUGGGUAGAACUGGAGGUUCGUUCUGAGCUCAGAGAGGAAACACGAUGCUCUCCAAGUGCAGGAGUUUGGUGUUGCUGCUGCCCUACAGUUUCACAUCUGCUGCAUCUGGGAGAAGUUCAUAUGUCUGGGAUUGUGCAACUAACCAGGAGAUCCAAUUCCUCAAGAUUCUACUAAUAUACUCCCUGCUUUAGAGGGUUUUGAAACGUUCCACUGAGUUCAGGAGUCUGGUUGGUGCUGUCACUUCUCAUAAAUACCCAGCUAGUUCAACAGCGUCCAGUGGAGAAGAAAUCCUGACAUCCAUCACCCAUCUGGUGGAUAUGUGGGCCAUGGUAUCUGGAGAAGGCAGCACACUACUGCUUCCUCAGGGUAACCACAGGCCAACUAUAGUGUACACCCCCAGAAUUAAUAAACUCAUUCAUCACACUCAUUGCUUAAGCUGUCGAUUUGUGACCACGCAGCCUUGAAUACAGGCCCUGGUCAAGAGGACAUCAGAAUAGGAAUGGAAGAGGACCAUUCAGCCCUUCCCUGCUAUCCUUUGAGAUCACUGCUGAUCUGAGCACCAUUUCCCUACCCUACUCCCUGUCCUUGAUUCCAAUAAUAUCCAGAAAUCUAUUGAUCUGAACUUGCACUCCACAGCUCGUAGGGUAGAGUCCCAAAGGUCCACCACCAUCUUCUCCAUCUCUCAGUCUUUACUAGCCUACCUGCUCUCCCAUGGAGGUACCCUCCCUGCCACCACCUUGUCCAACGCUUAAUGGAUUUGGUAAGUUUCAAUGAGAUCUCCCCCCGUUCUUCCAAACUAAGGAACAAAGUCCAGUCUUCUCGAUCAUACAGCAAGCCCAGCUUCCCUGGAACCAUUCCGCCUUACAUUCAAUGUACUGCCUCUACUCCAGCUACAUCCUUUACUAAGGCAGGGCAUCAGGUCUGUAGCCAGUGGCCAUGGUACAGUCUUCAUCGAGCCCUGAAGCACAGGGAACCUUCAAUCUCUGAAACCUCCUUGACCAUGGAUAUCUUCAUUUUGUAGCUUAAUCUCUUCUAUUCCACUCUAACAAAGAUGCCUGUCCAGAGGCCAUUUAACUGCAGAGGACACCAGAGAUGGAGGCCAAUCCUCCCUUCAUCUGGUGCUGGUCCAUAAAUGACAUAACAGGAGAUCCAAUCAUAUUUUCCAGUGGGUUGGCCUGAAAUAACUCAGCACUGGUCAAACUUGUACGAUUGAAAUCCUUUCCUUCAGAGUAAAUCCAUAUUUAAUAACAAGUGCUCAGAUGAGAUGUAAUUAUGAAUUCAAUUCUAAUUAUUUGUAAGCAGAUUAAAGAUGUAUACUUAAUGAGUGAUGCAAAGAGAACAGACACAAUAAAAGAAGUAGGGUCUACCACUUAGCAUGGAGAAACAGAUAUGAGUCAGACUUCAAAACAGAAUAAGUCAGUAAUACAGAGAAAUAAAAAUUAUAUUUUGUCAGUAAAGGAUAAUGGAACUAGGACUAAAAAAACUGAAAUGAUCUGGUACAAGUAGAAUAAGAGUAAAUGUUACUAUUGAGGUAUAUUUAUGUGGUUGAAGAUUCUGUUAUAAUUUGAAAUAUUGAUAAUUUUAAAAAUGCUU